AUGCUCGUUUUCGGGUGUUUAUACAUUAUUCUCCCUACGCGUCUUUCCUUGUCUUACAAUCAUCAAAUGGUGAUCUCUUCCAGAAGAUCGAUAAGACUUAGGUCUUCACAAAAGCAGAGUCAGGAUUUAACACAAGACCUCACUGAUAUUGACGACUUGUCUUCUUCAGAUGCACAAGCCGAUUCAGAUGAGGAAUACUCUGUUACCAAAAAGAGGAAGAAACAAACUAUUAAAACCGUGUCGAAAAAGACAAAGGGGAACCCAAAACGAAAGAACACGCGCGUAAUUCCCUCCUCAGUAGAUCAGCUGGAGAAUUUCCAAGAAAACUCAAUUUUCAAAGCUCUUAGCGAUGACGACGUUGCCGUGAGUGAACUGAGUGCAUUCUGGUUAGAACAGUUUGAAGAGUCACCCACGGAUGCAAUCAAGGACUUACUGAACUUUACACUAAGAUGUUGUGGUUGCGUAUCUCAAAUUCAAGAACAUGACGUUGCUAAUCCAGACUCAGCCACCGAAACAGUGGGAGAAAUUCAGCAAUUUUUUCAAUCUCAAAAAGCUCACGAGUUUCCUUUGAUGGCCUCUGGUUUGGCAAAGAUUUCAAAAUGGAAGUAUUUUCGCAAUAGAGUAGUGGAAUUUGUAGAGCAAAUAUUGUUUGUUGCUCACGAGAAUAGAAUGCUGUAUGAGAAUGAGAAUCUCAUGGAAUCUAUUCUUGUUUGGCUGAGCGCUUUAUCUACUUCAAACUUGAGACCGUUGAGGUAUGCAUCCACCCUUUUCUUACUUACGAUGGAAACCACACUUUGCAGGAUUACUGUGAAAGUUGCAUCGCUGCUUUCCAAAACCCAAAAUCAGUACGACUCUGAAAAGAGGAAGCUAACUUCAAGAACAAAAUCUUCGAGGUUAAACUCAAUCCAAGCGAAUAUUGAUACACAUAAACUUAACAAAAAAGCUCUGGAUGACUACCUUACUGACAUCACACAUACAACUUUUAUUCAUAGGUCUAGAGAUGUUGACCCAAAAAUUAGAAAAGAGUGCAUGUCAGCUCUAGGGUUAUGGAUUGACAUAUAUCCCGAGUUCUUUUUCGAAAAUACUUAUCUUAGAUAUUUUGGUUGGAUCUUAUCAGAUGCUGAUGCUCACGUUAGGUUCGAAGUUCUCAAAUCUUUGGGGCGGUUAUAUAAGAAAGAUGUUAUUGCGACUGGUUUUCGGCAGUUCACUGAAAGGUUCAAGAAGAGGAUCAUUGAGAUUGCUAUAUUUGACCUUGAUUUCCAUGUUAAAUCACAGGCCAUAUCUGUUCUAUGUGAAAUAACUAUGUGUGGCUAUCUAGAGAAUGUUGAAGAGCUUCGUGUAAUUGGAUCAAUUUUUCUGAGCUGCUCUCAUUUUUCCAAAUCCCAAACGCAUCGGAUUCAUGCCGAACUGAGUAAAUAUAUUGCUAUAGUGGAGGCAGGACUUACCAAGCAUUUCCUAGAAUCGCAUACUCUUCCAGAUGAACAAAGCGAUGAACUGAGCAACUACAUCAAGUACGGUAAUUUUGCUCGUCUUCUGCAAGACUCUUACGAAUUGUACUUGACAGAAGAACAAACUGAUCUUUUAGAUCAACAAAAGUUACACCUUUUGCCAUUUUACGAUGUGAAUGAUUUUUAUUCUUCAGUCUACCAUAUUCCAAGAUACUAUAGUCAUGGCAACUCAGUUCCACAAGUUUUGAAAUUUUUAGUCACGGAUUUUACUUCCAUGGAAAGCCUUUCAGAUAAUUUACGAAAGGCACUGCAGUUAGAUUCGGAUGGGGUUUCUAUCCUACUGAACUAUGUACGAGAUUCACUUUCUUGCUACAAUGAAAAGGGAGAUUAUGAUAACUCUCGCAAAAAAAGUGGUUCAGAAGAUCCAAGCAAGGAUGUGAUAGUAUCUGCGAUUAUUGAUAAAAUUUCGGUACUGUUUGAAAAAUUUAAAUCCAGUAAGCAUAAAUUUCAGUGUCUGCUGCAGAUGUUUAACCACAUUUUUGAAGGUUCGUUUUUUCACAAGCUGAAUAAUCAGUCUACAUGUGAAGAUUUGACUGAUAGUAUAUUGACAUUUUUUCAGGGAAUGAAUGUUUACUUGUCGAAAGAUUCACCGUUGAAUGCUGAUUUCAGUACCUUUUUCAAGCUCAUUAUUAAAGCUGCAGUUCAAAGUAAUGAUACGCGGUUACGUCUUAGCAUAGAUGCGCUUUGUAAACAACUUUCAAAAACUGAGAACUUAAAUUCCAUUUCGCUCAGGAAACUCUUGUUAGUUGGGGAAUUCACCAACACCAGUGAAUACUUAGAACCGAUAGUUGAGAGACUGGUAGAAGUACAAUGCACUGAGGAAAGAUUGGAUGUUUGGUUACAGUUUACAUCCCGAUCCUUAGAAACAGCUUUGGAAUUUAUGAUUGAGGAAAAGAGUAUGACCGAAGAGCUGGUGCAAACUCUGUUUGGAAAGUUUCCAUUUAUAUUGCGUUCAUUGAAGGAGAAUCUUGAUCAUACACGCACAGCCACAACAUUUGCUAAUAUUUUAGCUGCUUGCAAAAGUUUUGCCCUUAGAGUUGAAGGAAGAGAGCACGAUAGUAUAGUAGGACCAUUGGCUUCUUUUUUUUUACAGCUGGACCUCAGCAUCUCACCUGAGGUCGAAAGACAACUACUCCACAAUUUUCUAGUGCUGGAGAGCAAAUUGGCUACAGUUCUGAACAUCCAGUUGGAAAGAGAGGAAGAUGACGAGGUCUCAUUUCAAGAAACAAACUUUGAGGAGACCACUGUCUGGGAUGCCGAACAGGACAUUUGUGGAUAUGUCUUGAUUCUGAAACGGCUAUUCGACAUCGGCGUCAUGUCCACUAAAUCAUUAGAGAGGAUUCGUUUGAAUGAAUCACUGCUAGGAAACGUAUUUGCAUCGGUGGUGAAGGAGAUAAAACUAAAGGCUUCCGAAUUGGAGCCAAUACCAGAGAUUACUAGUAAUGAUAACAAUGUAUAG